ACGUCUCUGGUUGGCUGGGCAGAGGGCGGUGUUUACUGCAGCGUACUUCACAUUGAUUCGUAAAUCCAGAAUUAGCCUCCUCAGUGCGGGAGACUGAUAGCUGCAGCGGAGCGCUGUGAUUCGGUCUGACGGCGAGCUUUGCACUCUUGCACUUGUACCAUGGCAGCUGAGCUCUCCACCUCCAUAAAUAUUAAAGAGCCACGCUGGGAUCAGGGAACAUUUGUGGGGCGAGCAAAGCAUUUCUUCACCGUCACAGACCCCAGAAACAUCCUUCUGUCAAAUGAACAAUUAGAAAAAGCACGUCAGAUAAUUCUGGAUUACAAAAAAGGGGUGGUAACACCAGGUCUCACAGAAGACGAGCUAUGGAGGGCAAAGUAUGUUUUUGACUCCGCAUUCCAUCCAGACACAGGCGAGAAAAUGCUCCUGAUUGGUCGCAUGUCUGCUCAGGUCCCCAUGAACAUGACCAUCACUGGAUGCAUGAUGACGUUUUACAGAACAACUCCAGCAGUUCUGUUUUGGCAGUGGAUCAAUCAGUCUUUCAAUGCAAUAGUCAACUAUACCAACAGGAGCGGAGAGCCCCCCAUCACAGUAAACCAGCUUGGUACAGCGUAUGUAUCAGCGACCACAGGAGCCGUGGCUACUGCUUUAGGACUAAAUGCAUUAGCAAAGCAUGUGUCUCCAUUAAUAGGACGCUUUGUUCCUUUCGCUGCUGUAGCUGCUGCUAACUGUAUUAAUAUUCCACUCAUGAGACAACGUGAACUCAAACAUGGCAUCCCAGUAACAGAUGAGAAUGACAAUCGGUUAGGAGAAUCUUCAAAGGCAGCUCAACAGGCCAUCACACAAGUAGUGGUUUCCAGAAUCCUCAUGGCCUCUCCAGGAAUGGCCAUCCCUCCCUUUUUAAUGAACUCUUUGGAAAAGAAGGCCUUCCUGAAGAGGUUUCCGUGGAUGAGUGCACCCAUUCAGGUUGGCUUGGUUGGGUUCUGCCUUGUGUUCGCAACCCCAUUGUGCUGUGCGCUAUUCCCACAAAAGAGCUCUAUGGCAGUGAGCCGUUUGGAACCAGAGCUGCAGGAGAAGAUUCGAGCCUGUCGUCCUGGAGUAGAGACUGUCUACUUCAACAAAGGACUGUAAAGACAAGCGUCAGUGAAUCUGCUCUCUGCUGUAAUGGUUUCACCUACCAUCUUUGUGUGCCAAAGUUCACCCGUUCCUCUCCAUGACAUCCCAAUUCAGUCAUUUUGUAAGAUGGUUUUACAUUUUUGACUGUGUUUUAAUUGUUUUUAAGCUAAAUCCUUAUUGUCGUUGUUGAUUUUUUUGCUGAUCUUUUGUCUGACGGUACAUACUACUGUACAUACAUGUACAUUUCUUUUUUUUGAUUUCUGAAAUAAUUUUGUUUGCUGCCAGAUUAUUCAAUGUGCCAUUCAAUGUCGUUUUCAGUAAGGAUCAAAGAUAGCUGGUGUUGACCUUGUUUUUCUUUUCCGUUAGUCUGUAUUGCAUCGUUGUUUUCAGUAUUUCAUCUCUCCAUGAGGGUUGCAGUUUAUAUGUUAGUGCCAAAUUUCAUUUCAGUUUCAAGAAAAGUCAAGGGACCUCUUAAUGACAAUAGUGCAAUCCUUUGAAAAAAGUUGCCAAAUACAAACCUCUGCUGCACAUUUCCUUAGAUGCAGGUUUAAUAAAGCGAUAAACUACA